CCUGACACAGAAAUUGGAAUUAGCCGAAAUGCUUUGGAGAAAAGAGUGGUAGAUGAAUGUAAGUUGCGAGUCAUUAGGAAACUUUUAAAGAAGAUUAGACAAAGUUAUGGGUGAGGACGAUAGCUAUAAUUCAUGGACGGCUUCUUGCAGCUUCCCUCAUGUUCUUAUGUCCUUAUGGAAAAUUUAGGGGCGGGGAGAAGUUAAAUUUGGCGGGAGGAGAGGCGGCGGCGAGGGAGGCGCCACCUGUGCCAGCUUGAGGAAGGACCAAAGUAAAUAGUCAAUAUGCACAUCUUAACAGAGCUGUCAUGAUGCAACCUUUUACCUCCAUUUCUAGACCCCUGCUGUAGUGAUUAGCGUCUCUGCCACCCCCAUGGAAGCCUGAAUAUGUGGACACCAACCAAAAACCAGAAAUUUGGAGUAGCGAUCCACAAUUUUCACCAUGACUCAGUCCCACAAACCCUUCGCCUUGAUGUUGGGGAGACGGUGCAGGUGUUGGAGGAGUGUGCAGGAUGGUACAGGGGGUUCUCGACACGGAAUAGGAACUUAAAGGGUAUAUUUCCUGCCCAGUUUAUCCACCUGAAGCCAUUCAAGAUCGACAAUGAAGGGUUGUAUGAGACGGUGACCCCAGUGGAGGACCCUGUUGUGCAAGAAGCUGCAUCAGUCUUACGAGAAUGGGGACAAAUAUGGAAAAACCUCUAUGUACAACUUGGGACUCCAUAUGGGGAGCAGGAACUGUGGGAUUCUGUCCGCAAGGCCAUGAUGGACGUGGCCGACUGGCGGAAGCAACUCAUCACAGGGACUCUCACGUCAGACCAAAUAACGCAACUCAAGCUGAAAAUCACUCAAAAAAUCGACUGGGGAAACAGGAAGCUUGGGCUGGACCUUGUGCCUCGGGUGGAGGGGGAGAUGGUGGACCCGGAUGCUGUGAGUGUGGUGGCGCUCCAUCGGGUGCACGCUCUGAGUUCAGAGGCUUCCCAGUCACAUUCUCAGGGGCUUGGUACUCUGGCCAAGAGGAAGGAGAAGAGGAAGGUGCUGAGCCAUCACUUGUUCUUCUGCAUGCGGGAUUUUUCAUACCAUUUAGGGGAAGAUGCGGAAGUGUAUUUUUCUCUGUAUGAUUCACAGAAACAGAAGUUUAUCAGUGAAAGAUUUCUAGUCAAACUAUCAAAGGAAGGAUUUUCUAAUUAUGUAGAAAAGAUUCAUUCUAAUUGCACCAUAUUUACAGAUCUGGGAAGUGGUGAUCUGGUAUCAGAUUUGUAUAUUGUUGCCCAUGUUGUGAGAGUUGGAAGGAUGCUCUUCUCAGAGUCAGUAAAGAAGAAUUCUUCGCAUAAUUACCGAAGACCAUAUGGAGUAGCCGUGUUCAGAUUAGCUCAAACAGUGUUGCAAGGAGGAGAUGGAGAGGUUGAACUGACAGGGAAACUCUUUACAUCCGAUGAGAAAGACUUCUGGCAACUGCAUGAAUUUAUCAUAAAGAAACAAACUAAUAAGUGUAAUAUAUUGUCCAAUAAUGUUAGCUAUGGGCUGGUGGUGAGUGUCAAGAUGGUCCAUGGAGAGCUGGAACAAGCUACUAAAGAGAAUCCCCUUUUGCUCAAGAAUGUUUGUGUUACCAAAAAACUUGGCUUUUCUGAUGUCAUAAUGCCUGGUGAUGUCAGAAAUGACUUGUACGUAACAUUGAACAAUGGGGAAUUUGAGAGAGGAGGUAAAUCUGUUGGGAAGAACAUUGAGGUGUUGGUGCUGGCGCUGGAUGCUGAUGGACACCCACUGCAGUGCAUAUACAGUGGUAUGGGCCAUGAAGGGACCACAGAGCACUCUUCUAUGAUCAUGUACCAUAACAAUUCUCCGCGAUGGAUGGAACGUCUAAAAGUAGCCAUCCCCAUAGAUCAGUUUGCAGGAGCUCACCUCAGAUUAGAAUACAGCCAUUGCUCAACUCGGGAAAAGAAUGAGAAGAAGUUUUUUGGAUUCUCAUUCAUACGUCUGAUGGAUGACGAGGGUGGGACAACUCUGCGUGACGGCUCCCAUGAGCUGUGUGUGUACAAGUGUGAUGAGAGAUCCCGUCUGGCUGACCCCAUGGAGUAUCUCACCAUGCCCUACCUCUCCAAGGCAGCUGCAGACUGUGUCUAUUCCCUACCUUUCCAGCGAUCUCCAAAAGAAAUAAUUGUUGUAGAUACUCUUCUCUGCUCAACCAAACUUACACAAAAUGUUGAUCUUUUGUCUUUGUUGCGAUGGCGAUCAGCUCCAGAGGGCAUUGGUGAGACUCUCUCCAGGUUGACGCGGGUUGAUGGUGCCGAGACAGUAAAGUUCCUACAAGAUGUGCUUGAUGCACUGUUUGCGAUGUUCUCAACUGAUGAUGGGAACUCUACUCAGUAUUCAGGCCAUGUCUUCCAGGCCUUGGUCUUUAUAUUUAGUCUUCUAGAAGACAGUAAGUUUGAACACUUCAAGCCUGUCAUGGAUGCCUAUAUCACUGGACACUUUGCAGCUGCUCUUGUUUACAAGGGUCUCAUCAGCUGCGUGAAGCACUUAUCAGACCUCUGCCCUCAGACGGAAAAACAAGAACCUAUCAUGAGAUGUUUUCGUUCUCUUGAAUAUAUCUUUAAAUUCAUCAUUCAGUCAAGAUUACUCUUUGCAAGGGCAACAGGAGGACAAAAUGAGGAUUCCUUUAGAGUUGAUGUGGAUUCCUUGUUUGAGUCAUUUGCUCGCAUGCUAAACAUGAAUCUUGAAAAUAUUGAGGCUUCCCAGAUGACUCUGUUAGAACACCUACAAGGAACAUGUGAUCAACUGAGUAGAGUGUUGACUCCAGGGGAAGUUGCCAACCAUAUCAAUACUUUAUUUAAUGCAACACCUGUGGAGUCAUCAAGAGUAAUUACAAGAGCCAAACUUCAUGCAAUGAAAAAUGCUGUCAACUCAACAAUUUUUGAUGAUGAUGAGGGUCGAGAGUUGCUGCUGCAAACCAUCUGUACUCAUCUGAGGCAACACCUGGACAAUCGACAGGAGCUGGCCCUUUGUGCUGAUGUUCUGCAGGAUAUAAUUAUUCUCACUCAUAAACACACCAAAAGAUUCCCCUCUAGUAAGCUACCAGCAACACUUCAUCAAGAUAUUGAAGAGAUAAUGCUGAACUUGUUCAAUGUUUUGGUUCAAGUUAUAUUAACCUUGGAAAGAUCUGCACCUAGCUCAGGUGCAAGUACUUUAAAACCAGAAGCGAUGGGUCUAACGCAGCUUCUCUCAGCCUUGAAGACCACUUUUGUCCCCACACAAGCCUCGCUAGUCUUGGGCAGCUUGUGUGUCAACCUUUCCGUGCAGGAUGACAUUCGGGGAUCUUUGGUAGCCUCCCUCAUGGGCAUCCUACAGCUGAUGCGAGAACCUCACUACACCAAGCUGUGGGAUGCUCACAUGAUCUCAGGAAUACACCACCUCCGCCACCUUCUCCAUUCAACCAUUGUUCUGUUGGCUGACCUUGUUCGAGCUGCUGUCUUUCCAAGUGAUUGGUUUGUCAUGCGCAUGGUCACCAAUUACACCAUUCUUGCAGCCAUGCAGGAAAUUGCACAGCCUCUCAUUGCCACCUUCUUAAAGCAAGGAAGAUUUGAUAAUCAGCUCUGGAGCAGUUACUUGAAUCUGGCUGUUGGGUUUCUAACACAGCCUUGCCUGCAGCUGGAACAGUUUUCUCAGCAAAAGCGACAUAAAGUGUUAGAACGCUACAAUGAUAUGAGAGUUCUGAUGGGAUUUCAAAUUCUUUCUAUGUGGCGUGAAUUAGAUGAUCACCGGCUUCACUUUAUCCCUGGCAUGGUUGGCCCAUUUCUAGAAGUGACUCUGGUGCCUGAACCAGAGCUGAGGAAGGCCACUUUGCCAAUCUUUUUUGACAUGAUGCAGGCUGAGCAACAGGCAAAGGGUAGCUUUAAACAAGUUGAAACAGAGCUGAUAGAUAAGCUGGACAUUCUCGUGAGUGAGAACAAGGGUGAUGAUGAGUACCGCCAGCUGUUCAACACAAUUCUGUUAGAGAAAGUCCGCUCAGAUGACCCAGUGUGGCGGGAGAGUGGCACGGCCUUCAUCAACUCUGUGACGCGGCUGCUGGAGAGGCUGCUUGACUACCGCAAUGUUAUGCAGGGUGACGAGAACUGUGACAAGAGGAUGAGCUGCACGGUGAACCUUUUGAAUUUCUACAAGAAUGAGAUCAACAGACAAGAAAUGUAUAUACGGUACAUUUAUAAGUUACAUGACCUGCACGUCCCAGCUGGUAACUUCACCGAGGCAGCCUUCACACUGCAGCUGCAUGCCAAUCAGCUGUCCUGGACACAGCGGAUGCUCCAUGCAGACCACCUCUAUCCGGCACAGACAGAGACACAGAGAAAGGAAUUAAUAUAUAUGAAAAUUAUCAACUACUUUGAUAAGGGGAAGUGCUGGGAACAAGGCAUUCCACUGUUGGAAGAGCUGGCCAAUCAGUAUAGGACCUGCCUCUUUGACUACCAGAAGCUGAGUGAGGUGCUGAGACGACAGGCAUCAUUCUAUGAGAAAAUCCUGAGUGGCAAGCGCUAUGACCAUGAGUACUUUCGAGUUGGAUUUUAUGGUCUUGGACUUCCACUUUUUGUUCGAAAUAAAGUCUUCAUAUAUCGAGGGCUAGAAUAUGAACAGAUUGGAGCCUUUACCCAACGAAUUCAGACAGAGUUCCCACAGGCAAAGAUGUUAUCUCACAACACCCCUCCUGAUGAUACAAUACGUUCCUCAGAUGGGCAAUAUAUUCAGAUAUGUGCAGUGAAAGCCUUGCCAGAGAUCAACCCAUUAUUUGAGGGUGUAGAGGUGGAUGAACGGAUCCUCAAGUAUUAUUCCAAUAACCACGUACGCCAGUUUGUGUAUGACAGGCCGACUCACCGAGGUCCUGCAGAUAAGGAUAAUGAGUUCAAGAACCUGUGGAUAGAAAGAACUACCUACACUACAGAAUUUGAGCUGCCUGGCAUUCUGAAAUGGUUUGAGGUGGUGGACCAGAGGAUGGAACAGCUCUGCCCUCCACAGUAUGCCUGUGAGACGGUGGACAGGCAUAACAAACAGCUUAGACAAAUUAUAAUUCACUACCGGGCUAAUCCUCAGGAUAACAUCCAGCUCUUCACCAUGAGACUGCAGGGCACAAUAGAUGCUGCAGUCAAUGGAGGUAUUGCUAAGUACCAGGAUGCCUUCUUUGGGCCAGAUUACCUUGUGGUCUACCCAGAAAAUGCUGACCAUGUCAACAGGCUGAAGGUUCUUCUGUCGGAUCAGACAAUGAUCCUUGAAGGUGCCUUAGAUCUUCAUGGCAGAAUUGCUCCAUCAGCCAACCAGCCGCUACACAAACGUCUUGUUGAGGUGUUUGAGGGGUUGAGGAGCAAAGUACGAAAGAUGUGCUCCACACCUCAGUCCCAGCGGUCCACCUCCUCCCUGCAGUCCACACCGCCCCCCCCACCCACCCACCGACGUGCUGACUCAGACCCUGCCACUGAGUUCAGGAGAACAGGCUCAAUUAUCAAUUCUCCCCUGCCUCCAUUACCAUCUGACAAAGGUGCAAUUAGCUUAAGUUCUUCCUCCACAUCGGGACACUCCUCACAGCGGUCCUCUCAGUCCUCGUCACUGUAUGCCCACUUCCAUUCAGCCUCCCAUGAUGAUGAUCUCUAUGCCAAACCUCAGGAAUGGGAUGGAAACCUGGGAGUGCAGCGAGACUCCCGGCCACGUUCAGCCUUCAUCUCAGACAGCAGAGGCUCUUCACCAAAGUCACUCUCAAAGUCACUUAAUAAUGACUACAUGAUUGUCCCUCCACCUAAACCCAGUGAUGAGGGUCAUAGAUGGAGAUACUCCCGCCCCCCUAGUCCUCGUCCAGCCCGGAGCUCUAUCACCCAAGACUCAGCAAACUCCUCAUGGUGUGACUCGCAGGGCUCAGACGAGUCAUUACCUCCGCUACCCCCAAGAGUUGGGGAGCGGCCAGCCAGGUCUAUAAGUCUUGGUGGAGAGGAAGAAGCACCUCCUCCCGUGCUUCCCAAGAGGAUGGGCAAGAAGUGUCCAUCGACUGCCAUGUUUGGGUGUGAGCAACUCCUGGGUGAUGGUGUGGAUGGACUCGGCUAUAGUGGCGGUGGCCUUAGUAACGGCUUUCCUGCCUCCACCCCUGGCACCCCUCCGCUGGUCUCCCCACGCAACCACCGCACCCCACCACCACCACCCAUACCCCCUAAAGCCAUUUCAACUCCUCUCACACCACUCUCUCCACCCACCGGCUUCUCCCCUAAUACUUCAGCUGAGGAUCUAACUCCAACCACACCAACUAAUAUAAACCUGAGGAACCUUGAUGAGCUGCAGCACAACCUUCUUGAAAACUACUCUGUACCCCCCCGUCUGCAGCCUCCUCCCCCUCCCUCUCCAUGAAAGUGUUAAUAUUCCAGUGUUCUCAUUUUUCUCUUCCUUCCCUACAUCCUUACAUCUGUUCUUAACUACUACUUGAUGCACAUUGUUUCUUUUCUUUUUUAUUAUUUUGCACAGAAAUGUUAAAAACUUUGUUAAUUUUUUUUGGAGCUUUAUUUUUGAUGAUAAUAUUGUUUUUUAGUAUGUUAGUUAUAUAUAUUUUUUUUUAGCCAGAAACAAAAAUAAAAUACUUUGACCUCAGCACACUAGUAAUUUAUUAAAUUAAUUUUUUUGGAUACAGUAUGUGGACUAAGCUAUUUUAAAGCACUGAAUUUUUUUUUUUCCUGCAUUUUUUAUUAUGGAUCAGGCUUAUUAAUUUGUGAAGAUUUGACUUGCACAUCAGUAACCAUCAUACAUGAUAAUAUGAUUCAUAUUUGUUAACAAUUUCUACAGAAAAACCAGUGAGUUAUUUGCUAAUUAUUUAUAGAUGCAUUUAUGAAAACUGUUCAGGAAAAUAGCACAAUCAUUUAUAUCAGUUAUAUAAAUGUUUUCAACAUUUUCAAAGAAAUAGUACAAUCAUUCCCUGAUCAUUCCUUUUAUUAAAUGGUCACUCAGCCAUGCACAAUUAGCUAUCACUUUAUAUAUAUAUAUAUAUAUAUAUAUAUAUAUAUAUAUAUAUAUAUAUAUAUAUAUAUAUAUAUAUAUAUAUAUAUAUAUAUAUAUAUAUAUAUAUGAAAUCAAAUAUACGUACGUAUAUAUAUAUAUAUAUAUAUAUGCAGACAGAUAUUAUUAUUGAUGAUUAUCUUAGUCCACAAAAUGUUAUCCCUCAAAGUUUUGUGUUACAUGUCAUUGAGCAUGACAGUUUUUAUUCUUGGUAAAAGUAACAUUAUUUUUUCACGACAAAAUUAAGAACAGAUUAUACAUAUAUACAGACAAAGAUAUAUAUAUAUUUUUUUUUCUAUGAAGACUUGCUUAAAGUUUCCUGGAAUUAAUCAAUGGGUUCUACUGAAGACUUGUUUGCUUCAGCUUUCCUUGAAUUGGUUAACUUGCUUUUCUGGGGCACUCCUUUCUCCUGGUGUAGCACGCACUGCGGUUUCCUUGCCGACAGCCAACUAAUAUUGUGUUCUGUCCUCUUUAUGUACAUAUUUUCACACCCUUGGAGCACUUUCCUCUGAGUGUGUUUGUAGAUAUUUGUUAAUUUGACUUAGUAUUAUUGUUUAUCCCCUGUAUUCACUUUAACUCAUUGUUGUUGUCUUGGUCAGCUUUAUUUGUCAUUAGUUGUAUAGUUGUGGUUGAAUAUUCAUGGUAGAACAGUGUCGUAAACUUAUUUUCUUCUCUCCCAAGUGUACAUACAAGAAAUGCCUCAAUGAAAAUGUUACAAUGUUUCAAAUACUACUUGCAUAAAAGUGUUUUCACGUUAACAUUUUUUCAGUAUAAGAUUAAAACAAAAGUAAUAAUAUGCUAUAAGAGAACCAUUGUUCUCAUAUGAUUCAAAAUGCUUUUCAUUUGAUAAUAUAGUUUUAUUCUGUGAAGUAAUUAAGCUCUCAAGUAAGCUUUAUAUCUCCAGUUGUGAUUUCGGAGUUCCUUUUUUCAUAUAAAUAUCACUAACCGUCACUAGCAGAAUGUUAUCAGUUUUGCACAUUUAAAGUAUAUCAAUGUAAGCCUUCACCAUGUAGCUUGUUUGGUAUUUAAUAAUAUGCCACAAAUACAGAGGCUUGUUGACCACUUCACAAAUCUGUCAUGCACUUCAUAAAUCAACAUUAGCAUAUCAAGCCUCAGUUGUUCCAGAUUCAACUGAGGGUUUGCAAAAACAUGGAUUAAAUUGUGUAAAGUUGUGUAAAUAUCUUGGAAUCUAUAUAUAAAAGUACAACGUAGCAUUACUGUUAUUUUUUGGACUAUUGAGGGCACAGAUACAAUUGAGGCUCAACCUUGUAUAAUAAUGCAUCAGGUCAAACCCCACAAUAAAUGCUUUUAUCUAUUCUUGUUAUGAUACUUCCAGGUAGACAAUAAUUUUUUUACAUUAAAAUUACAGAGAUUAAAAUUUUUCAAACAUAUAAUUAUUAUGAAAUUUUCAGAGAGGUGCAAAUCAUGAACACAUAUCAGAUUUACCGUAAUUUAGAUUUAGUAGUUGAGAUAGAUAGUAGCUGUUUGUCCUUUUAGCUUUAUAUAUCAGUUACCUCCAAAAUAUACAAGUUUGAUAUGCUAGGGAAAACCUAUCACUGAGAACUUAGUGCUGCAUACAGUAGGUAUCUGCAGUAUGCAUGUAUAGUAGUUAGGUAGCAUGAUAAGGUCUUUCAAUUAAGAAGACAUUAUAUGUAAUUAUACAGGACUAUAGUACUAUAUAUAUAUAAUUACAAAUGAUAUUAUAUCUUAGAUCUGAAAGAUACUUGCCCAGAUUACCAUAGCAUGUUUAUUAGAAAGAACAACUUCAGUCUAGUCACUGCAGAAGACAAGUUGGGCAAAAUGUAUGGCUACUGUAGGGAUGUAUGUAGUGUGCAGGAAUGCAUAGUUUUUGGGGUAUGUCUCAAAUUAGGUGCACCCUUUACAUAACUGGUUCUAUAUGAUGACUCAUCAAAAUGUAACCAAAGUAGUGCAUAUGUUAACUGCUUCUUUAAACUGCAGUUUAUUUUAAUGCAAUCUUGUUCUGCAUUUACUGAAGCUUAUCUCAGUCCCAGGAUUAAUUUGGAGCAGUGGAACAGUUACUUCAGAUUUGGAUCUUGAUUACAGGUGCAACGAAAAUACUACUCAUUGACUCGUCUCUUAUUUUACAUCACAUUAUGUUUGCAUUUUGUAUGAUACCAGUAUUAUAUAAAAGUUGUAUAUUUUAUUUGAGUUUAUUAGUUUGUACAAUACAAGAAAAUUGAUAAAUAGAGAUUUAUACAUCAGCAGUCCCUUGUAAUGUAAUGCAAACAAUAUUAAAGAAAGCUUUACCAGGGCAGCCUCUUAUAUUGAAUACCUUGAUAUAUCAUAGAGGGAUAAAGUCUCAGCAAAAAGUUUAGCAGGGCAGGUGUUGGUGCUAGACAUAGGAUGCAGUAAGUUCUUUAAAGAUGGUGAAUACAGAGUAAUGAAAAAAUAGUCUUGCUCCAGAAUAAAAGAUAACGAGUUCAUACAAAGACUUGCAAAAUUGAACUGAAGCUACCAAUGGUUGAGAAGUAAUGAUGUGUAGCUUUGCAUGCACUUACUACACAAAACUACUAAUAACUUUACUGCUUAUUUGAAUAUUUUUACAUCAGGAACAGCAUGAUGGUGAUGUAUAUGUUAUGCAGUCUUCUCCUCUUUACAUUUAGUGUUCCUUAAAUAUAUUUGCAUCUCAUGGUAGUCCGUGCAUUCAGAGUAGUUGUCAUUAACAUUAUUUGUAGAAGUCUAAUGGCAUGAAUUGGGGUUCAUUGCACAUUUUUCUCAUGUAAUUAUAAUGAUGUAUGCAUUGUUUUAACUUCUGUAAAGCUUUUGUGAUUGUGUCAGUACACAUUCAAGAGAUGUUGUGGUUAGACAUGUAAGGAUCUGUGUUGUGCUUAGAUAUGUAAGAUAAAACAUUCAUAGUUCAUAUUUUGCACUCCAUUUGCCCACAUCAUAAUUUUUACUAGUUAUUUGAAUGUUCUUUGAUGUUUUACUGAAGUGGCAGAUAAUUAUCAAAUUUUGGUUGUCUAUUUUUGCAUAGAAAGCAAGAAUUAUCUAUAGAAUUUACAAAUUGUUUUUGAAGUACUGGCUUAUAUGCAUUGCAAGAGUCACAUAUGCUGUGCCAGAGCUGGGCUAGAAGCAAACUUUUUAGCUGCAAAAAUUUUGAAAUAGUUGUAACUCCUUUUGGUACUAACAUUCACUCAGAAAGUUGGACAACAUGUUUAAGAAUAUCAUCAUGUUUAGCACAUAUAUAAAGGAAACUUUUAACUGUGUAUGGAGCUAUUAACCAGUAGGUGUUUUGUACUAGAAGUGUAGUACAUGAAGCACUGAAGGGGCAGGAACCCUCAGUGGUGCUUUAGAUAUAAAGUUAUUGCUUUUUCUAUGACAAACCAGCAACAUAGAAGUUACAGAUCCCUUCUCUUAUUGAAGUUCGUAAAUAAGGAAAUGCUCAACCAUCGGCAAAUGGGGUUAAGUUUAAGAAGAGAAGAAUUUAAGCAGUCAAAAUAUGUAUUAUCUUUCCUAAAUAUAUUUUAUUAAUUAUUCACUCUGUGUUAAAGGAGGUGUGAGUAUAAGAUUAUAUUGGUAGUUUAGAUUUUUACUGAAUACUGUAAUUUUAGAUUGAUCUAGCAUAUCUUUUACAUAUUAAGUGAUUUUAGAAAACAAGUAAGCCUAGGCAUUUCAUAAUUUCUGCUGGUAUUCUCCACUUCCAAAAAAACUAAAUGAGUUCUGAAUGAAUGAAGAAAAUAAUAAAAAUAAUUGAUUUCAGUUUAUAGUCUGACAAGCUUAAGGGAACCUAAGUUUAAUUAGAUCAUAAAUAGUUUUGUUGGCCAGUAAUUUACUAGUUCUCUUCAUAAAAUCAUAGUUCAGCAUAUAUGUGUACAUGAAUAGAUAACUUUAAUAUGUAUACUACAAUGUAUAGGUAGUCAGUUACUUGCUUUGGUUAAACAUUUUAGGAUGCAAGUCUUGAUUUCUCCAGCAGUGUACUAUGUGCAGAUCUGUGAUGCCUGAGAUAGUCCUGACAGAAGUGUACAUGACCUGUGACACUUGUAGAUGCUUCAGACAACUGUUGUAGUGAGCCUAAUAUUACAAAUACUGCAGAUAUUUCAGAAUUCAAGAAAGCAAGAGUGAAACUUAGAAAGCCCUGAAUCUAAAUGUCAUACUUGCAAUUUGUGAAUGAGUGAUACAGUUCAUGGUAUUUUGUAAUAAACUGAAGGUAAAUCGAGUAAACAAACCAUUUGAGCCUAGAAAACAUUAUGCAAUAAAUUUAUGGAAGAUCAGGAAGUAUGUAUCAUAAGUCACUUAAGUGCCUGUAUUGGAAAUAUUUCUGAUAUUUUGAUGGAGUACUUGCAAAAAGUUACAUAAUUUUUUCUCAUUUCAAAGUUAGUUGUAUUAAAGGUGAAGAGUUAUUUCAUGAAAUAUGAACCAUGAACUAUUACUUCACAGGCCAUGUCAUGUUGUUUAUAUUUUUUCCAUACCUAUAUUUGAUUCUUUGUUUUGAAAGUUAUAAUAUUAGCAUCUCUCAGUAUAUCAGCUGUGUGUGUGUGUGUGUGUGUGUGUGUGUGUGUGUGUGUAUUACAACAUGGAGCUUUAUCUUUUAAUUAAAGGAUGAUGAGGUGCAUAUGAUUUGCCGUAUCUUCACAAAUACAUUUCUUCCUCAGUACUACUUGUUUUCUGUACAGAAAGUGCACAUUUAUUUAUUUCUAGCAGCCAAAAAAUCUCUUCAUUAUGUUAAAUAAUCACUAGAUAAUUAUAAUAAUAAUUGUAGAAGUGGUACAGUUAUUACUAUUAUUGCAAUUUCAUUACUAUUAUUAUAUUGUUUUAGAUUUACCUACUUAAAACAAAAUCAAAAGCAUUAAAUAAUCGACUCUUUCUCAAACUAGUUCACAAUCCUUCUAAACCCAGAAGUGUUGGAACAAAGAUACAGAACUAUGACUGCUGUCUUUCAAAUGCUAAUCCUUAGUGCAUUUAUUCCUUGAUUUACAUUUUUGUAAGUUUAGGGAGUGUAGUAUGUAUAUCACUGAGCAGUGUUUUUCCUUUUCUUUCUUUUUUUUUUUUUCAAGGAUAUUUAUUGAAAAUAUGAUCUAAAAAGAAAAUGUUUUGUCAAAGGAGGAAUGCAAGUGGUUAUUGUUAUUUACAACUUUACAACAAAGUACAGGUAAAUUGCAUUAAGUUGCAAUUUCAUCAUUGCCCUCUCUCUUUCCCUGCAUCCCUAUGUAUUGCUGUCUUCCAGUAGUGGUGUUGAGGUGCAAUGGUAACACUACUGUGAGUUUUGAGAACACUAAUUUUAUACCUUUUGCAUAAUUGAGUUUAGGUGGGAACUGGUGCCAGUUUUGAUGAAACAUAAAAUAAUGGUUUGUAGGAACUGAGCGUUGGAAGUUGAUGACAUAUCAGCACUUGGAAGUGCACUAGUGCAUGUAUGCAGUGAAGCUUUGACAAGAAGGAACACUAUCUCAUUAUACAGACAUUGUGGUUUUGAUAUAUGUAUGGAGGAAUAACAUUUUUGUGCAGUGUUAUUUGUGACUGUAACAUGUACUGUGUACUAAUGAGAACUAGAUAGUGCUAAUAAGUAUGUGAAGUAAUAAGUGAAAUAUAUUAUACUCUAUCAGUGAAUAUGGUACAGUAGCAGGUCUUGAGGAACGUAUUUCUUUGUAAAUAGAAAAAUCUGUACAGAACAGGAAUCAUGUAAAUUACAUUUAAUACACUCAAGAAAAUAAAUGUGCCAUUAUA